CACGCCACGCAGGAGGCAGCGCGAGCGCAGGACGGCGCCUUCACGCUCCGCUUCUCCCGCGCUGCUGCUUUUUUUUUCUUCGCCGGCUCUUAUUAAAGAGUCAUGAAUAACGAUUAUUCCGGGGGCAGGAGCUCAGCGACGGCAUGCACACACAUACACUUACACACGCACACACGCACACACACACACUCUCUCUCUCCCGAGCCCGAAAACACCGGAUGAGGAAGAAGGAUAAGUAAAGCUCGCGGAGCUCGAGGCGCGGGACCGAGUAGGAGAGUCGGAACGCGCGGUGUACCCGGAGCGCGCGCACUGUUCUCUUCACUAUCAGCGCAUCCGAUCUUCCCCGAAGUCGGAUCAGUGUGUGUGUGUAUGUGUGGUGAAUGUGUAUGAGUGUGUGUAUGUGUUCGUGUGGGAAUAAAUUCUAAACUCCAGAUGUUAGUGCACACUUAUCCAUCCACGGACCGCCAUGACGGCGUACCGGGCCACAGCUCGCGCCUCUCCCAGCUCGGCUCGGUGUCUCAGGCUCCCUACUCCAGCGCGCCCCCGCUUUCCCACGCGCCCUCCUCGGACUUCCAGCCGCCGUACUUCCCGCCGCCGUACCAGCCGCUGCCGUACCCGCAGAGCCAGGACCCGUACUCACACGUGAACGACCCAUACGCGCUGAACGCGCUGCACCAGCCUCACCAGCAGCACCCGUGGGGCUCGCGCCAGCGGCAGGAGGUCGGCGGAGAGAGCGCGUCCCUGCUGCCGCAACCGCGAGCCUCCCUCCCGCCGCAGCUCUCCGGCCUCGACCCGCGCACCCGGGAUUACUCCUCUGUGCGGCGGCCGGACGUGCUGCUGCACUCGGCACCGCACGGGCUCGAGGCCGGCAUGGGGGACAGCCUGUCUCUGCACGGGCUCGCGCACGGCAUGGACGACACGCACGCUGUGGAAGACGCCAAUAACAGUGGAAUGAACAUCCUGGAUCAAUCCGUUAUUAAGAAAGUCCCGAUGCCGCACAAGAGCGUCACGUCUCUGAUGAUGAGUAAAGACGGCCUGAUUGGCGGCGUCACCGUUAACGUCAACGAGGUGUUCUGCUCGGUACCAGGUCGCCUGUCUCUGCUCAGCUCCACCUCCAAGUACAAGGUGACGGUGGGAGAGGUGCAGCGGAGACUCUCACCGCCCGAGUGCCUCAACGCCUCUCUGCUCGGCGGGGUCCUGCGCAGAGCUAAGUCGAAAAACGGCGGCCGGUCUCUAAGGGAGAAGCUGGAAAAAAUCGGGCUGAAUUUGCCGGCAGGAAGACGCAAAGCUGCCAACGUCACAUUGUUGACAUCUCUAGUAGAAGGGGAAGCUGUACAUUUAGCACGAGACUUUGGCUACAUCUGUGAAACAGAAUUCCCCACCAAGGCGGUGUCCGAGUACCUCAACCGCCAGCACACAGACCCCAAUGAGAUCCAUGCAAGAAAAAACAUGCUGCUCGCAACAAAGCAGUUGUGUAAGGAGUUCACAGACCUGUUGGCGCAGGACCGCACUCCGCUUGGGAACUCUCGUCCGACGCCCAUCCUGGAGCCGGGCAUUCAGAGCUGCCUGUCUCACUUCAGCUUCAUCACGCACGGCUUCGGCUCGCCGGCCAUCUGUGCCGCACUCACCGCACUCCAGAACUACCUGACCGAGGCGCUCAAGGGCCUUGACAAGAUGUUCAUCAACAACCAGACCUCCAACCGGCACACUUCGGCCGACGGCUCAAAAGGAGGGGAGAAAGACGAGAAACACAGGAAAUGAGGCACAAUGUUGGGAAAGAAGAAAAGGCUCUAAGAGCACCACUUAUCAGAUAUGUCCAGAGAUUCUUUGUACUCGAGAUUUAUGAUGUUCUGUUUUUACGUUCUUGUGAGGGGGGGAAGGGAGGAGAUGACGCAUCGACGAAGAGGAAAAGAAAGAAGGCAAAGUGGAGGAACUUGCAAGCCUGGUGACAUUUUAGACACAUUUUAUCAUAAAAGACAUUAACAAUGAACGACACGAACAGACACAGGUGUGGUAUCUUACUGAGAAAAAGGCCAUCGUUCCACUGUCCAGCCUCUAACCAGAGAUGCUAAAGGAAGGAAAAUGAUUUUAUUUUGAACAGUGCUUGAAACCUGUCCCAUCACCCAAGCUGUGUUAUUGCUCUUGAUUUUGCUGUAUACGAAGGCAUGACUUGAGUGUUUAUUUUGACCAAUGAACUACUUCAGAGUGUUGAAACAACCAUAAGUACAUUUUCUUAGCUCUGAAUACAGGAAACUUCACCAUAUUCCCAUCUAUCUCCUGAUGAAAUGGGGUUUUCAGGACUGGACCGCCAUUAUAUCAGUUUUAAUUUGAACCACUGGACAUUUGCUGUAUCUAUAAUUAGAUAUGUGUAUUAUUGUGAAUCUGGGUUGAGCCUAGAACACUGAACAUUCACUACCCUAACAUCAUCUCACCUAGGACACAAUUCAUAAUCAAACACCCUGCACGGUUAGUGUUUUACAUUGACUUUGAGCUAAAGCAGAAUCCUAUGCAACAACCAGUGAUAUUAGCUAAGCAUUCGAGAGUUAAAGUUACUUGCUUUAGAAGCAGUUUUGACUUUCUGGGUUUGAGCAUCACAACCUGAGCUACACACUGCCUAUUCAGGUGCUCAUUAUGAAUUUCUGAAAAGUUUUACCACACAGAAAAACUAACAAAGAAGAAAUAAAUAACGGCUAUACUUAUUUCUAUCCACUGUAACUACUGAAUAAGUGUUGGAUUGGCGUCCAUUUGGACAAAGUAUUAUACAGAUAAGUAUUUUACACCACUUUCACGGUGAUGUAUAGAAAUAAAUAUUGCUAUUUACAUUGGGGAAAUGUUUUGCUGGAAAUUUUUAAAAAAACAGAAAUUAAAUAACCAACUUUGACCAACUUUCCCUUUGACUCAACGUUCAGCACGAGAUGUCAUAUCAACAUGGUAAACCCAGCAACACUUCUUAAUGUUCAAUGGGUUUUGCUGUAUAUUUAGACAUGCAAAGCUAUCACUAAAUGUUUAUUGAAUAGCUAGAACAACAACAGGGAAAAUGAAAUUUAUGUUUCCCUCUAAUUUUAUAUAUCUAAAUUACAGACGUGGUUCCAAAUUGCCCCUUUUGAGCUCAGCAUUAUUCCGUCUAUCGUUCAGCCAAAAAAACUUUGUUGGGUCUUUGUCUUGCUUGCUUGAAAGUAAAAAGAAUCAGUCAAAAUCAGGACUAGAAAAUUCAGAUAUUUUACUUUUCACUGAAUGUGCUGGUAAUAAAAGUCCUUAGAUUUAAUUAGAAAAGAAUGCAAGUAUCCAAUCUCUUCACGGACAUAUCAAACAAAGCAAGAAAUUUUUUUAGAUUUUAUUGGCAGAACAUUGAAUUUAAAGAAGGAACUCAUCAUUUAAUAUUCAAACAAACACCGGAACCUCAAGAGCUUUUUGUUGUGCAGUCCUGAUUUUUAUCAUUACACAGUAUUUAUGCAGAAGCUUUUCUCUUUUCACAUUUUCAUCCAAAUCCCUUACUCAAAUUAUUCAUAUCCUUGCAUAUGAGUUUUGUUUUAUGAGAAAUUGUCAAGUUUGUGAUCAGCCAUGCUGAAAGAUUUUAUCCAGAGAUGUUCAUGGAAAUGUACAUUAAGCUUUUACACCCUCUCUUUCUCUAUUUCUUUCUUUCUGCCUGAAUCCUCACGAUGUUGUCGAACAGCGGCUCCGUCAGACCAGGAGUCUCUUCUAAUUUAUGUUUGUAUGUAUAUAUAUUUAAUUUAUGCCUAAUUUAUGGAGAAAUGGAGGUUUUGUACAUAGGAGCAGCUGGCUCGUCUGUCUGUGACUGUGUCCCUGUGCGUGGGUGAACGCUUGGUUUAUAGAUAGCUUCUCGUAUUUUAUAUUUUUAUUUUGUUUUUUUUUUCCUUGAUUUUUUUUUCCAUAGGCAACUCGUUAUAUGGUGAAGGGUAGAAGUUGGUUCUUUGUCCAGUGAUUUUCAUUUAUAUACCGAAAUAAGGAAUAAAUCAUGUGUUUUAUUGUAA